AUGAGGGACAUCCCCUAUGACGUAUGGCUAUGUAUAGUCCAGUUCAUUCCGCGCAAUGAGCUUCUUCGCCUGUACGGCGUGGACCGUAUAUUAUUCGACAUUGUGAUGAACGAGCGUUAUCGAGAAACGCGUAUCUACCACCUGGGUGAUGAGAUGACACGUCAAUGUUUGGUUGGCUUGGGCUCUCCGGACAUUGCAAGACGCGUCCGUACCCUCCACCUUCGUCCCCAUCUCUUUGGGAAGCCACUCGCUUUUCAUGGACAGAAGAAGAGCUUGAGCCAGAGUUUGUUACGCAAGCUCUCGAAGGAGGAGAAGCAGUCCGCUGCUACCGCCAAGGCAUCAGUGCAAUUGUUGCGGAGCAUCACCAACUUGACGAACCUGGUGACUCUGAACCUCGAGUGUCAGAAUUACCCCGUGGACGACUACAAUGAUUUUAAGCUCGCCAUUCCGUUCAUCACGAAUGGUUGGUUAGCAUAUGGAUCUGUCUUGCGUACAUUGUCGCUCAAGAUUCCUCUUGAGGCAUGCAAGGAGUGUCUACCUCCGUCUUUAAGGCUUCCAAGCCUUGAGGAUCUAUCGAUCCACAUUUUCACCGCGUAUCUCACGACGGAUGCCACGAAGCUCGUGCGCAGCGUUCUGGUUCCCUUCGUCAAUCGACACAGCUUGACCAUCGAAUCCCUUACCAUCUCCACCCCCAUGGCAUUCAACUACAACAUAUCUCCGAUGUUCGGGGAACUCGAGUAUCUCCCACGUCUGACCAAGAUUGAUGUUUAUUUUCCGUUGAUAAGCCUUCAACAAACAGAUUCAGCUGGUCUGCAUCACUUGCUCAAGGCGCAAUCAGGCAACCUCCUUACUCUUCGGAUCCGGUUUGGUCACCUGUUCGGACUGACGACUCAACCACCAGCUCCAUGUGCCCUAUUCGCGCAUCCGAUGUUCAAAGUAUCUCUGCCGAACCUCAAGUCACUGGAGCUGAAUAUUCUAGGCCACAACACGCGCCUCGUCCAAUGCGUAGUACCAUAUCUGCAUCAAUUCAGGGACUCUUUGACGACCCUCGUCCUCAAUCAUCAUCAAGCAACUCACCUCGAAGCUUAUGACAUCAUUGAUGUGUUUGAGCGUAGUAGUUCACGGCUUUUGUUGCUGGAUUUAUGGCUCACCCAUCUGAGUCCGUCGUUCCUCGAUGUGUUAUCGGUCAAGCUCCCUGAUCUCGAGCGGCUCAAUCUGUCUUUUGGGACAUUUGUUGGGCACGAUCAUACGUUCAGCAUGACGCGCUCCUAUUCUCAUCGUCACAUCCCGAUCCAGGAGUUCUGCUCGGAGAUGCCGAACCACGUUUACACGGAUUGGAAGCUCAAGCAUUUGAAGAUUGGGAAUGUGGGGUACUGUGCGGGGAUUCUGGCGCAGUGCGAAACGGCGUUGGCGAUGUCGUUGCCUGGUGUGAAGACGUUUGAUGGGCUUUCGCGGAGGGAUUACCUGGCAAAGUGGGAUCAGGUCUAUUGUAAGGUGGUGUGA